UAUUGCAUAUACACAGAUACAGGCUUUAUUCUGAUUUCAGGAUAGAUUUUGAAUGUGCAGCUGCUUAGAGACAAUGAGUUACAGUGCUGAUACACACAACGUGAGAGAGGCUGGCAUUCACACAGUUUGAAUUGUAGACAGUAGCUGAUGAGACGAGCAUAAAUUAGGACUGGUAGAUGUGAACAGAGCGAGAGGCCGCAGAGAGAGGAAGUGCGACAUCAGGGCGUGGUCAACCAUCUAACCAACUCCCAAAUUUUCUCUUUUACGACAGACCGGCAGAUGCUACGAUUUGUUUGACUCUGAUUGGAUGUGGGACGCAAGAUCAAAAUGAACAUCAAGAUCGUGAUGCGAGGGUCCGCCUUUCUUCUGUUACUCAUCUUCAGAAGUUAUGCAGCUGAGAACGUGACACAAACAGAGACCCCGACACCACUGGGAAGCUCUACAUCUACGUUUUAUAGCUCUAAACCCACAAAUGUGGGUCAGGGUAACCCGAAUGCGACAGGGGUGACAACGAGCACAGAUUCAGAGCAGUUUAACCUCACCGUGACUGCGGCAAUCACUGACAGCUCUACAGACUCCCCGGUGACCUCCGCUGUGACCUUUGAAAGGACGCCCCCUGCACAGCCGGCCCAUAACACCAGCACCUCCAAAGCUGUGGUGUGGGAUAAGGAAUGGGACAAGCCGUUUCAUUACAAUUACUCCUCUAUACGUAAUGCAGGGCUAAUCAUCGCUGCGGUUCUCUUUGUGAUUGGAAUCAUGGUGCUUGGUUGUGGCAAAGUGAAACGAAUACCACGGUGUCGUAUUGGCAAAGGAAGUUCAUAUGAGGUGACCAGAAGUUAA